AUGGAAAGAAAGAGUACAGCCAAGCUUACUGAGUUGUUAGAUAUUCAGAAGAAAGUUCAAGAGAGAUGGGAAGAAGAGAAAAUAUUUGAACAAGAUGCUCCUGCUGCAGGAACACCCGAGGCCAAACAAGAAAAAUAUCUUGCUACUUUUCCUUAUCCUUACAUGAAUGGUAGAUUACAUUUAGGACAUACUUUUUCUUUGUCUAAAUGUGAGUUUGCAAUGGGUUAUCAAAGACUAAUUGGUAAAAGAUGUCUGUUCCCAUUUGGUUUACAUUGUACUGGUAUGCCAAUCAAGGCUUGUUCUGAUAAAUUAAAACGUGAAAUGGAAGUAUAUGGCUAUCCACCAGUAUUCCCUGUAGAAGAGGAACCAACAGAAACUGUCAAGAAAGAUGUAGAAUCAGUUAUAGCUGAUAAAUCAAAACGAAAGAAGGGAAAAGUUCUAGCUAAAACAGGAGGAUUAAAAUAUCAAUGGAUGAUAAUGAAGGCUUUAGGUUUAUCUGAUCAAGAAAUAGCUGAAUUUGCUGAUCCUGCUCAUUGGUUGAAAUACUUCCCACCACAUGCUAUCAAUGAUUUGAAAGGAAUGGGGAUAAAGGUUGAUUGGAGAAGAUCAUUCAUAACAACUGAUGCUAAUCCAUAUUAUGAUUCAUUUGUUCGCUGGCAAUUUAAUCAUUUAAAAGCUAGAGAUAGGAUCAAAUUUGGUAAAAGGUAUACCAUAUUUUCACCUAAAGAUAAUCAACCUUGUAUGGAUCAUGACAGACAGUCAGGAGAGGGUGUGGGACCACAAGAAUAUACCUUAAUUAAGUUGAAAGUAUUAGAUCCUUUACCACCAAAAUUACAAAAACUAAGUAAAAAGAAGAUCUAUUUAGUAGCUGCUACAUUAAGACCAGAGACUAUGUUUGGACAGACUAACUGUUGGAUUAGACCUGAUAUGAAGUAUGUAGCAGUAGACAUCAUUGAUAAUCAAGUAUUUAUUUGUACAACUCGUGCUGCACGUAAUAUGUCAUACCAAGGUUUUACUAAAAGUAAUGGUCAAUUUGAGGUCUUGGUAGAUUUAAUUGGUCAGGAUAUUAUGGGUAUAAAGUUAUCAGGGCCAUUAACAUGUUAUGAUGUUAUUUAUACGUUACCAAUGUUAACUAUUAAAGAAGAUAAAGGUACUGGAGUAGUAACUAGUGUUCCCUCAGAUUCACCUGAUGAUUUCGCAGCUCUUAGAGAUUUAAAGAAAAAAGCACCUCUAAGAGAGAAGUAUGGAAUAACAGAUGAAAUGGUCCUGCCUUUUGAACCUGUACCUAUAAUAGAUGUGCCAGAAUUUGGUACUCUCUCAGCUAUUGUAGCCUGUGAUAAAUUAAAGAUACAGUCCCAGAAUGAUAAAGAUAAAUUACAAGAAGCUAAAGAAAUGGUGUAUAUGAAGGGUUUUUAUGAAGGGGUAAUGGUAGUAAAAGGAUAUGAAGGACAGAAAGUUAAAGAUGUUAAAGCUAGUCUGAAGAAAUUAAUGAUUGAUAGAAAAGAAGCUGUGGUGUAUCAAGAACCAGAAAAAUUAGUUAUGUCUAGAUCUAAUGAUGAAUGUAUUGUAGCAUUGUGUGAUCAGUGGUAUUUAGAUUAUGGUGAAGAGAAAUGGAAACAAGAGACAUUAACAGCUAUCAAUAAAUUAGAAACUUUUACAGAUGAUACUAGGAAAAACUUAAUGGCCACCGUAGAUUGGUUACAUGAGUAUGCUUGUUCAAGAUCAUACGGUUUAGGUACUAAGUUGCCUUGGGAUCCACAGUAUUUGAUAGAAUCUCUAUCAGAUUCCACAAUAUACAUGUCAUUCUAUACAGUAGCUCAUCUAUUACAAGGUGGUGUAGUAGAUGGUAGCAAGGUUGGACCAGCUAAUAUCAAAGCAGACCAAAUGACAGAUGAAGUAUGGGAUUAUAUUUUCUUUAGUUCUGCUAAAUUUCCUAAGAAAACUAAAAUACCUAAAGCUACAUUAGAUAAACUAAAGAAUGAAUUUAGUUAUUGGUAUCCAGUAGAUGUACGAUGUUCAGGAAAAGAUUUGAUACCCAAUCAUUUAACAUAUUUUAUGUAUAAUCAUUGUGCUAUUUGGCCAGAAGAUAGUUCAAAAUGGCCGAAAGGAAUCCGUGCCAAUGGUCAUCUGUUACUAAAUUCAGAAAAGAUGUCAAAAUCAACUGGUAACUAUUUAACAUUAAAAGAUGCUAUAUAUAAAUACUCAGCUGAUGGAAUGAGAUUUUCACUUGCUGAUGCUGGAGAUGGUAUAGAAGAUGCUAAUUUUGUGGAGAAAAUGGCCGAUGCUGGAUUAUUAAGAUUGUUUACGUUUUUAGAAUGGGUGAAAGAAAUAUUAUCUAUCAAACUUACAUUAAGAUCAGGUCCUAUUAGUGAAUAUACUUUUAAUGACAAGGUCUUUUUAAGUGAAAUGAAUAAAGCUAUGAAAGAAACUGGAGACUAUUAUGAGAAGUAUAUGUUUAAAGAAGCUUUAAGAACGGGAUUCUUUGAAUUCCAGGCUUUAAGAGAUACAUAUAGAGAAGUAGAAAUAAAGGGAAUGCAUAUAGAUCUAGUAUUUCAGUUUAUAUGUAAUCAAGUUUUGAUAUUGAGUCCUAUUUGUCCUCAUGUUUGUGAACAUAUCUGGGCUUUAAUGGGACAGAAAGAGAGUAUUAUGAGGAGUAGAUGGCCAGUAGAAGGACCUAUAGAUAAUAUAUUAAUACAAUCUUCAGCCUAUUUAACAGAGUCUACACACUCAUUUAGACUACGAUUAAAAACAGCUAUGGCACCAGGAAAAGGAAAGAAAGUAGCAAUUACUCCUACUCAUGGUACUAUAUGGGUAGCUAAAACAUACCCACCAUGGCAGAUGACAGUUAUUACAACUUUAAAACAGAUGUAUGAGGAAAAGAAAGAAAUGCCAGAUAAUAAGGUAAUAGCAGGAGCUCUCCAUUCAAAACCAGAAUUGAAGAAAUAUAACAAGAAAGUCAUGCCUUUUGUUCAGAUAUUAAAGGAAAACUUUUCUAAAUGUGGAGUAAAAGCAUUCAAUCUUACAACAGAAUAUAAUGAAAAGGAAGUAUUAGAAGUUAAUCUAAAAUACUUGGUUUCAACCUUAGAGUUGGAAGGAAUUGAUAUAAGAUAUUCUGAAGAGGCAGAUGAUAAGGUGAAAGAAGAAUGCUGUCCAGGAAAACCUUUCAUGACUUUCACUGAACAGCCUUCAGUCAGAGUAAGAUUUGUCAAUCCUCAACAAUCUACUGGUUUAUUUGAAAUAUCUCUACCUAUCUUUCAAAAUGAUACAACUAGUAAAAUAAAGUCUAGAUUAUCAAAGUUAGAACGCUCCAAGAUAAAAGAUGCUGAAAAUAUAAAGAUUCUUAGAUAUGAAGAUCCUGAAACUGGUCACAGAAAGAUGCCGAACUUCCAUAAUCAGGAAGAAGGAAAAGUGAAAAUUCCUGAUAAUUCUGUAUUCCAUAUAGAUUUCGAUAAACAAAUAGUAGAAAUACAAGAAAAUAGCAAGAAAGUCUCCACAGGAUAUCAACUAAUUUAUAUUGUCUCUUCUUGAGUUAACAAUUUUUUUUUGUUCAAUUUAUUUAAUUGUGCUAUUAUUUCUUUAUUAUGAUUUGACAAUUUCAGUUGAGCUUAGAGUGUAGAGUAUUACAUCAUUGAAAUAUAUUCGAACCAAAAUAUGUUUAUUCAAACAAGCAGUCCGUUUCAUUUUUUACUUUAAAACAAAUCAAGGCAAACCUUCUCCAGAGGCCAUAAAUCAUUAUUUGCAUUUUAAUACUAUCACUGUGUCACAUGUUUAUAACCUGGCAGGGCAUGAUUACGCUUUUUACCACAUAAAACUUUGAUGCAACUGGGUGUAUUAACCCUUCAUUUUUGAAGAGUCUGAGCUCUUACCUGUUUAGUUUGUCUUGUCAUAAUUUUUAGGGUUAAGGGUUACAAGUUUCUAUAUUUGAAUAUUAAUAAGCCUGGAGGUAAUUACUUUUGUAAUUGAUGAUUGUUGAUUUCCAUCCAUCAAAAUAUCUACUGAUAAAACAUUUUGUAAUUAUAAAGUUAAAAAAUUGAACUGGCAGGAAAUUGUAAAUUGAAUUUAAAUUUGAAAAUUAUGCUAACCAAAUAAAAUUUCUUUCCU